GUAACUGAUAGUCCUCAGCAAGAAAAAGCUUAGCCAAAUAUUUCUGGGCAGAUUUUUAUGUUUGAAAAUGGUCAGUUUACAGCCAUACCUUGUCAAUCUGUUUUGAUCAUUUUAGAUCAAAUGUUAAGAUCAAAAUGAAUUAGAAACACUUGAGAGACUGUUUGCCAUUUUUUAACUUAAAUAUGAAGACUGUCAAUUUUUCCAUCAGAUGGACAGAAGUAUUCAGGAUUUAUUUUUAGUCUAGGUAUUGUUAUUUAUGAGCUUGAGUUGUCUUGUUUUAGAUGUUAGGAUGCCUUGAACAAAUGAAUGAAAGUCCAGAGGUGACAAGUGGUCAUGUUUAUGUAAGCCAUUGGCCCAACCCAGACCUAGUAAUGUUUGAAAAUAUGGCUUAUAAAGCAUUGGUGAGAACCUUCCUCUGUUUUUGGUUGCUUAUUACUUUACACAUACUCGACCAUCUAAGUAUUGCUAUUGUCAUUAUUACUAUCAUCGUAAUCAUUACCAAUGCAACCUAAAUUAUUAGAGGGAACACAACCAAGUUAUCUAGUAUUCAUCUUUCUUUCGAAGGAAGAAAAUGUUUCCUCCAUUUGGACAUCUAAAAUUUUUUCUUUAAGGUAUUCCUUUAGUCUCUCACUGCCACAACUGCCAACAUAUAGGAAGUCAAAUGGCUGCCACCAUCUUGACAACCCCUAAGAACGAGUGAAUCACUAACUAUGAACUUUAGUUAAUAUAUUUUCUUAAUUUCAGAUUGAUUACAAUAUUCCCCCAUCUGUGAUUUUUGCAAGUUGUUCCACAGAGAAGCUGAAAAUAACACUUGAAAAAAGUCAUCUAAGCAGGUUUACAUCCUCACCAGAAAUACUUGUGGGUAUGAUCAGCCUAUUUUAGCAUCUAUUGAGAAAAAUGUAUUUAUCAAAGCUUUUGAUUGGGUAUUUCCUUUUUGACAGGUGAUCCCAGAUGUUUUGAAAUAGGUAAUGAGAUCACGAAAUCGAAGGGAAAUGGACUUCAAGUUACUCUUGAAUCACUUCCAUAUUUUGCUACAGUAACUGAUGUCACUAAAUUAGAAAAACAGUGAGUUGAAAGAGAGGCUUAAGUUGUGUAUUUGUUAUUAUUUGCUCUAAUAAUUUUUUGGUCAUGAAAUUCUGCUGGUGUGAGCUUGAAAAGUUAACAUGUACCCAGUAUUUUUUCUAUGGUAGCUUUAUUUCUGUUUGUAAAGUCAACUAAAAUCGGAUUCAUUGUCAUUUAUGGGACAUGCCUAAGGGUGGUGCACAAAGCACUUUGAAUUUAACUUCCAAUAAUGGUUUGCUUAAUUUGUAACAAUUUGAGUUACAGUAGCCAAGAGCAUGAAGGCAAACUUUAAAAUAAGUAUUAUCUUUAUAGUGAAUGCCCACCCGGCUACUUCAUUGCUCCUUUGAGGCUUCAAGACGCAGUCGUAAUUGAUACAAUGUGGAAAUUUGGGGGAAACCCUAAUUCUUUGAAGAGAUUUAAAAACUUGAUUUCCCACUCACUUACCGCUGGGGUGUAUUAUCAAGACACUGACCAGCUUGUCUCAUGGGGAAUGAUUGCGUAAUAUGGCUGCAUUUCAAUGCUUCAUACAUUAGAAUGCCACAGAAGACGUGGAUUGGCCAUGGCUAUCGUCUACCAUCUCACUAAAACCCUUUUGGAUCGAAGGAGGACAGUAUUCUGCGUCAUAGAAGAAGAGAAUGAAAACUCCAGACAACUUUUUUGUAAAAUGGGAUUUAAAAUUUUUUCGAGUGAUUACGUAGCGUUUUUACAUACUUCCCAAAGUUAGGUUCACAGGGUAAAGAGGUCGAUAAUUUUCCACUGAUUUCUAUGCAAAAGAAAUCGAUGAAGAAAACGCGGGAAUGUGAUGAAAGUCUUGACUAUGCAACACAUCACCUUUUUUAGUUUUGAAGUGACGCAUAUAUUCAAAACAUAUACCAUGUUGUCAAAGCGUGUUAAGCACAUUUUUUUUAUUAUCAUCCAACAGCCAAAUGAGAAAAGUACAUCUUAAAUAUUGUAAUUUUGACUGUGGCCGUAAAAGGCUACCUUGUCGAGCUACCAUGGCUAAAUCACUAUUAGCCUUUUACUUUCUACGGAAAGGUUUUUGUUAGAAGUUCUUCUUAAAUCUCGUAGGUUGAGCGUAAUAUCUAGUGCAAUUGUACUUUAUUUUUCCAUUUGCCAUAUUACGUCAAUAAGGAGCCCUAAUUAUAUGGAUUAUAUAAGUUCACUUCAAACCUAGCAAACAUAGAGGUGCUCAUGUAUCGGUCGAGAAUAAGACGAGCCUUCUCAGCUCAUGGAAACAGAAAUAUUUAACUCUUAGUUUACAAGGUUUUUAUUUUCACUUUGAUAGGAAAACGAUUUCUUUGUAGCUAUGUGGUAACUUAGAGCAGUAGAGGAAUCAAUAGAUGACAUUGUUCCACCAAAUGUUGCCGACUUUUUUUUUUAUCAAUAUUAAGCCGUUGGUCAUAUUUUCUUAGUAGGGAGUCUUGCCGUAUUUUAAAAUUACUUUCGUUCCGGUAUGAAUUAGUUUGAAAAACAUUAAAAGGAGCCGAAAUUCUAUUGAUGUUCUAUUGUUUUGCCAAACAAUAGUAAAACUUUACAAUAAUAAAGUUUUAGUAAAACAUGUCUUUUAAAGUUAGUUUUGCACCGGUGUGAAAUAGUUUGAAAAACAUUAAAACUGAGAAGCCGAA